CUGGAGGACUACAACGCCGUCGUCGUCGACGCGCACGCGGACCACGUCCCCGAGAUCAUGCGCAAGCUCGCCGACCCGCGCUACGACGACGUUUCGGUGAGGCAUCCGACGCGCAGCCCGGGCAGCUCGGACGCCAGGCGCCGGGCUAGGUUGGAGCUCGUCUUCAAGGAGCGCCUCUUGGACAUGGCCAUGGAGAUGCGCAUCCGAGACAUUAAACGGCACGUCCUAGAUGUCGACAGCUACAUCGGCCUCAAGUCCUUGUACACCGACCCGGACGCGCUUGUCCUCGAGUGUGUGUCCCCCCUGGCCGUGGCUAGGGUCAGCACGCUUUGCUCGCAGCUCAUCUUCCUCACCAGCGAUAGGGCCCUGAUUCGCACUGCGGCCUCGAAGGACACGUGGGAGAAAUUGAUGAACGACGCAGCUAAGGAGGACGAGGCACUUACUAUCACGAGCCUUCGCUGGAAGGCUGGCAAAUAUGGAGGGCGGCACUUCGCCACUGUUGACGCUACUGUUGGCGCUCUGACGGCCUCCCGCCGUCGGAGGCACCGCAGGGGGAAGCCAGCAACGAUCGUCGACCAUAUCACCGAGAUUCGGAUCAAUGGGGAGGUCGGCCACGACAGCAAGGGGGUCAUCAACAGGCUGCUGCAGCACGCUUGCCAGACCCAGGCCCUGAACCUUCAGCCGGCGCGAGACUCAGAGCGUCCGGAGAUCGGCACUUCGGUGCACCUGUUGGACCUCAACCCCACGGCCCCUCCAGGCCACGCGCGGUUUUACCUGGGCAGCAGCGCCGACGUCCGCAAAGUCUACCAGGCACUCCAUGGGCAGGUUCUCCAAAUCGGCUCCGACACGGUCUCCAUCACCGUGCAGAACGACGCUGCGGAACAACUUUACCCCGACGUCACCCCCGACCAACGCAGCGACGUCCCCUUCUGCCUCCUGCUUCGCCGCAAACUGUAUCGCGACUUCGGCGUGGACUGCCCAUCCGACAUCGGCCCGUCUAGCGAUUCGCCGACGGAUCCACUAGUACGAACAUUGGCUCGCCGCCAGCACCUGCCCUACAAUGGGGACGUCUCCAUAACUACGUGGAAUGCCCAGGCGCUCUUCGCUGAGAACCCGUCCUGUUUCAAGCGGAAGUCUAAGUGCGCACACGACCUCAUGACCAGCCACGACAUAGGCCUCUGGACGGAGGCGCACGGCACGGCGGGCGGCAGCUCUGUCUGGACGAACCCAUCCGCUUGCCAGUCUUGGUGGGCCCCUGGCCCCACCACGGCAGCCGCUGGAGUGGGCAUCACCGUCACAGACAAGUUCUUCGCCCUCUUCGGCCAGCACGGCAACCUCGACUUGUAUGUCCUCUAUUUUCGCACGGGUUCGGAAGUGAAGCCUCACGAUGUCGCUGCCGCCGGCCUGGAGCACAUGGACCGCCUGCCGUCCUUCUUCGAGCUCAGGGAGGCGCUUCGUAGGCGUCUCUCCUCGCACAUUGCCCCGAGAGACUCCGCGCUCAGCAUCCUCGGCGGCGACAUGAACUACGUGGCCGACGAGCAGGACCGGAUCAACAUGGCCAGAAUGGUAUCUUCUGGAGCACGCGACUCCCGCGAGGAGGCCCGCUGGGACACUAUGGUUGCACAGCCGCACGGUCUACGCGAACUCCACCAGCCCUGCAUGACCUACGCGUCGCCCAAUGCACGUUCCCGGCUCGACAGGCUAUAUUGCAACCAGGAGCACACGCACUACCUGGACUACAACAUGUCGUGCGCGGCCCUCCCGUGGUGUCCCGAGCUAUCCCGACAUAGGGCUGUCAGUUUCCGCCGCGCGCGUCCGUGCCGCGAUUCGGACUCCGCGCAGCCACUCGCCGACCACGUCGUCGACCACCCCGACUGGCCAUCCAAGGUAGCCUUAACUUUUGGAGAAUUGCUCGAUCAGUCACCGGGGGCGUCUCGGCUGAGAAAGGCUUCGUUUCUCGAGGAGGCCAUGCGCACUGCCGCCGCCCACCUGGACGGGCCAGCGCACGCUGCUUCGGGCACGCUGAGCGCGGAAGACCGGCUGGGCACGACGAUGCGCUUCCUGAGGGCUUCGGAGCGGCAGUCCCCGAGUGCGGUUAGCUCUUGCAUCUCCCGCUACCCCGCCCUGUGCACGCUGGUCGACAACCCGUGCGACUUCACUGGCCCGCCCCAGGCACGUCUCAGAUUGGUCCGGCAGCAUGCGCUCGACCUUGCCCGCGACCACGCUCUCGAUGAGCUCAACCAGUUGCACGGCGAUCUCGCGGACCUCCCAGCGGGGUGUGCCGCGCACCGCCGUCGGCGGGUCCACCGGCUGAUUCACCGCCUCGCCCCCGGCCGCAACUGCGCGACCUUCGCGAUCAUGGACAAGCAGGGCCACGCGACCACCGACCCUUCGGCGAUGGCCUCCACCCUACGGGACCACUGGUCGAAGGUAUUCGCAGCCCAGCACACCGACGCCGCCCUCCGAUCCCAAUGGCAGCACGAGGAAGCAGACCACGGCACGCCAGAAGAUGCAAGACACCUCCCCUUCAACAAGCCCUCCCGGGAGGACUUCAAGAACGCCUUGCGCCUCUCCAAGAACAGUGCGCCGGGCCCAGAUGGCAUUACUUUCCGG